CUCGCCCCCCGUCAACACGCAUCGGCGAUCGAUGCCAUCGAUCACUUUUCACUAUCGAUUUCCAGAACAGUGAUGUGCUUUUAAUUUCCGGAUUUGUCAGUAGCGAUUUUUUUGAAGUGAUGUGUUUAAACGAUUAACUGUGUGGUGUUUUUGAUGGUGAUUGUGUGUUUAUGUGAUGGUUGUUUGUUUUUGUGAGUUGCUGGCAGAUACGUCUCACACGCUUGACCGCUUAAGGAGUUCAAAAUUAUCAAGUACGGCGAUGAGCGCGCCGCGGCCGCGGUAAGCGGCGGCGGGCCGGCGGGCGGAUGCGCCCGCGCGGCCGGCCGGCGCCGCGAGCUCACGGCCGGCGCCGACCCGCGCCGCUACUAUGCGCAUGCCGAGUGCCCUCACCACUCUGCUCGCGGUGCUGUGUGGGGCAGGGGUGGCGGGCGACGUGUUGACGAACGCGAGUCGCGUGCGCCGGUCGCCUCGACAGCAUCACCGCGCGCCUAUCGAAGAAGAGUGGAAAAGAUCGCAUUGGCGCGAGAUGCAGCAACUGUUGGUGCAUGAGGCCGGUAGGAACCACAGCGACGGCGUGGACUGCUGCCCCACCGUGCACGAGAUGACCGCGCCUCAGGGCGGCCGCGCCCGCAGCGGGCUCUACGUCGAGCUCUACCGGGACGGCGAGAACAUCAUGCAGCUCUACGAAAUCUCCUGCGCGGCGGGCGUCGUAGACAAGCCAUGCCGGUUCGUCGACGCCAGACUCUACAACCAGUCUCGGUGCGUCCAGAAGUACUCCUACUCGUACGCUUUAGUGCGGCCCUACGGCACUGAUCAAGCCGCUACGGAAAACCCGCAUCGCCACAGAAGGGAGCGACAAGGAAUGGCCUUCAAAAAAGACGGCGAUAUCACCGUCUCUGGCGGCUGGUCCAUGGACUACGUCCAAGUGCGCUCCGGCUGCGAAUGCCAAAUCAUCCCCACCCUCAAGCAGAGGAAAAAAAGCCAGCACAAAAACAAACUAGAACAGCACAAGCAGAAGAAAAGAACGAAAGAACUCGUGAGAGAAAGAAGGAAAUACGAGGAAGGCGACGAGACCUGAUUGUGGAACUCAGUGCUAGUGUAAUCCAGUGGGACUUUGAACAAAUUUACGAGGAUUUAUCUCGACUUAGUAUUACGGGAGUGUCUUCGCAUCUAGUUUUCGUGAUUCAGUCUGCCGAUGGUGGGCCAAGGACAGUUUAGUUUUAAGCAAUUAGAUGCGGAGACAUUUGAGCUAGAUUACAAGACGAUGUGACUCAGAUGUUCCAAAGCUAAAUACAUCACUAAAGUUGCGCUUAAGAUUAUGGAGGUAGAGGUAGUUAGCAAUAAUUACUUACCGGGGUCACUUUCACAUUUCGCAGUAGCAGUAAAUAUUAUGGCUACUGACGACCCAACCAACCACUAUAGCAAAUUUAUAGUCUAGCUAUUUAUCGCUAACUUCUUACGCCCAGGAGCCAAUUGCAUACUUAUCUACAGAUCUUAGUAAGAAAUCUUGUAUCCAGCUAG